AAUUUCUGAGGGUGAAUGAAAUGGCGUUGCGCUUCCGCAAUUUCCUGCCCUUCACCAUCCCCGGAGUGCUGGCGCUCAUCGGCUGGUGGUGGUUUUCUUCACGUAAAAAGGAGUGCGUCAGUAACCACGACAGGCAAGAUCUUCCCAGCUUGGAAGAACGCCAGAAAUGUUCUCCUCCGAAGGAGCCAAGUUCUUGGAAAACUGGACAGUUGGACAGUGAACUUUCUCCACCUCUACAGGUCAGGCAGUGUAGCGAUUCACCCUUUCAAGAACGACCGACACCUUUAACAGAAGACAGCGCCCAAAGCUUAGAAACGUUGAGAAAAGACCUUCCCGUUGGGGCAACACUAACCCUCCAACCGGAUUCACUUCAGGACGACAGUGGAGAAGUGGAAGUGAUGGGGCCUCAAGGUGUCCUUGGUUCCCCUUCGCCCAAGAUCUCUCUUCUGGAUGUACAAAGAGUUGAUGACUCCCAAAUGGAUAAGACAGUCAAUGAAGGGAAGCCCGAUUCCAAUCAAGCAUCCAACCAAGGGCUGUUGGCAACUCCUGGUUCUGAAAAAUGGGAGGACAAUAGCAAAGAUGGGAUGGUCCAGAUCGGUUCAUCCGAGAGGCCUUUGAGAGAAGACCAGUAUUCUGCAUCCACCUCUAUGGAUUCUUUCCCCGUCGCCUGCUCCAGAAAGAUAACUGAAGAAGUUCCUGAUGAGAUGCCUAAGGAACGCGUUGAAACGGAAGAAGGAAGCGAUAGUAACAGUGGCGAAGGAGAGGCUGCAGUUGGGACACUGACCAAGUGUGUUGAACCUGCUAGGUCGGAGAUGGUUGAGGAAGAGAUGACGUCCAGUUCAAAGACUGGUAGCAUGUCAAAGCACAAUGGAUGCAGAGAAGUUGGGUAUAAGGGUGGUCUGGAAAAAGAGAGGAUAGGAGCCAUUAGUUUGGACAAACAAGAAGUGGAGAAGAUCGAGCAGGUGGCCAUUCAAAUCAUUUCCAAUGUCAUCCGGGCAGCCACUGAGGAAGUAUUAUCAGGGUCGGUCAGUGAUAUGUCAGAGAGGAUAUGCCAAAUAGCAAGCCGGGUGGAUAGUCCUCGGGAGAAGGUGUGCACUGGAGUUGUUAGCCAAGCAGAAUCCAGCCAGGGUGGUGACUGUGUGAGCCAGAAGGUUGCUACUGUGGAAGUAUCUCCCCUCCUGGAGGAGAACGUCAACCGUCAUGCUACCUAUUCAAGUUGUUUGACUCACGGCCAACUGGUCAACCGAAGUCACAACCGGCUCAGAGACUCCAGUUGUCCCACCAGGCGGUCUGUUGGCGGCCUGACACCAGCUACGAACCACGAGGAGGAGUUUGAGGAUGGUCACAUAGUGAUGGAAGACUCUGGGUGCAGCGCCUGCACCUCGGAAGAUGGGGCUAGUGCCGAGGAUCUCUUGAAAAGUGCUUCAUCUCCACCUCCACAACACCUGGAUCUGUUGAAUGCCUCCACCAUCAAAGACUCAGAGAACAAGUCCGCGUCGAUCCAGAAGCCACCUUCCUCCAUGUCAACGGAAAACAGGGUGCCAUACAGCAAUGGCGUGCUGAAGGAGGACUUUCCGCCUCUGAGCCACGAACAGCCAUGGCCCACGGAGGCCGAUACAGACCACUCAGGAGGCUCUGACGUGAACAGCAUGGACUCGGUGGACAGCGGCUGUGCUCUCCGCAAGAAUGACAGCUGCCUGACUGCCAAGAUGGGAACGGACUGCAAUAAGGCAGAGCUUGUCAUCUGGGAAAUUGAAAUACCGAAGCACUUAGUAGGACGGCUGAUAGGCAAACAAGGGAGAUACGUGAGUUACCUGAAGCAGGCCUCCGGUGCCAAAAUCUACAUUUCCACUCUACCUUACACCCAAGACUUCCAGAUCUGCCAUAUAGAAGGCUCUCAGCAAAACGUUGACAAAGCACUGACCCUGAUUGGAAAGAAGUUCAAGGAUUUGAGUCUCACCAACAUCUACGCUCCCCCACCCCCACCGUUGCCAUUGCAUUCCCUCCCCAUGACCUCCUGGGGCUUCAUUGAACAAAUGAUGCUAGUUGGAAUGGAGUCCAUGGACAUUGGCAUCCAUUUGAUGAAAUGUUGGCCACCUCUCUCCAGGUUCCAUUUGGGGCAGAGAAUGUCUCAUCACCUGCAAGUUGGCGUUGUCUGUGCUGCGCCGGGUGUGGAAGGCGCAUGGUGGCGGGCACAAGUGAUUAGCUACUUCAAAGAUGUCAGCGAAGUGGAAAUCAGAUACGUGGAUUAUGGUGGAUACGAACGAGUCAAGAUUGACACGCUUAGACAAAUCAGGUCUGACUUUGUAACCCUGCCGUUCCAAGGAGCUGAGGUUCUUUUGGACAACGUGGUGCCACUUCCAGGUAAUAACCCCCAGAAACCUAAGAGAGAUGUUUUUAUCUUUGUGGUUUUAUUACAGGUUACAAAUUACGACAGUGCAACGGGCUUGCCACUAAUACAACUGUGGAGCAUGAUAGGAGAUGAGUUGGUGUCCAUCAACCGAACACUGGUGGAACGAGGAUUUGCUCAGUGGGUGGAAAGCUACUAGCAAACCCCUUAACCCCAUCUUCUGGACUGUUCUUUCCUCCUCCCCCCCCCCCCGUCCCUUUGACUUUCUUUCCUCUUUUUGGCACUGUUUCAAAAUUAGGAUUUUGUAGUCCUUCUUCCCGCCCCUUCCCCCCCCACCUCUCCACCUCCACCCACCCCACACAAGCAAAUCAGUCAUUAUUUCCACCAGCGAUUUGUGAUGAAUUCAUUUGACUGACCACAGUUUGUAUAGCAUACCUCAUUUUGUUGAAAAGGCAGGGAGUUGUACCAUAAGCCAUUAAACAAAAACAAACCACAGCUUUAAAACUUGGCUCUUCCCCUUUGGUCAAAUGUCAAGUUGUUUAAAAAAAAAGAAGAAGAAGAAAAGAGAAGAAAAGAAAAAAUUGUAAUAAUAGAGCAAAGAGGUUUGCACCAGUUUGGCUGUGUGUGUAUGGUUUAAGGCAUGUGUUGAGCGUAACGAAAUUUGACUGCUGCCUUGACAUUAAACUGACUUGAAAUAGAGGAGAUAAAUUUGAUUCAGAAAUUCCCCUCCCUCCCCCCCCCAAAAAAUAUAUUAAUAAAAUAUUUGAAACUUGGGAGCACAUCCGACAUAAUAGGCAUAUCCAUGUUUCUAAUCACAAAAGCUAGCUACCUUACCUAGAACGCUUUGGUUCUAGGUAAGGCCCACCUGCCCCCUUGUUUGAUUGUGACUUCACUUUUAAUUAAGGCUUGGUUUGUGAAAGAAAUCAGGAUACCUUCAUUUUGCAAACCACCUGAAACAAUGAAUUUGACUUCAACCACUACAGCUGCGGCGUUUUUUAAAUUCCCGGUCAUGUUGAAUACCCAGAGAAAAGAAAAAAUGGAUCGCCAAUCCUGAUUGUAAGACAUCACUGUUUUCUAGCUGUUUGGAAGAGAAAAAAAAAACCUAUGUAAAUAUAUAUAAAAAUCAUUGUAAUAUUUUGUACAAGAGAAAAAAAUAAUACUGGAGAAUUAAAAAAAAGGGAACUUCAAACAAAAUGAAUUUUUUUUCCAUACCAAAAUGUCCUCUGUAGAGAAAUAGUUUGGGGUGUAUCAUUACACCGCUUAAAACACUAGAAUGCGUGAAAAACUUUUGACCUUUGUGCAUGAUUCUUUCCCCUGCUUGCUGUAUGGUAGGAAGAGUAAUAAUCAGCAAAUUCUUAUUGCUUUUUUGCUGUACAGAUCUGACUGAACGGGGAAAAAACGAGUAACAUUUGGAAUUAAUAUUGCAGUGGUGUCUCUCUUUUUUUUUUUUUUUUUUUGCUCCUUUUUAGAUUGGUUUCAAAUGUGGAAUUAAAAAAAAAAAGAAUCAAGUAAUUUAAGCUAAUUUAAUACUAUUAAAAUAUAAAUGAAUUUAAAACAUGGUUGCUGAGUUGGGAGUUAUUACCGAAGGGAGAGAAUGUAAAAAUGUCUUGUAUGUAUGUCAAUUCUAUUGCAGAUUUUUUUUUUUUGAAAUAUUGGUCUUAUAUAGAACAUGGAGUGUAUGGCAAAACCUUCUUCCUCAAAAGAUGUAGAAAAAAAAAGUAUUGUGUGAAUCGGUCAACCUUUAAGAUUUUCAGCAAUUAAAUGCCUCUAAAUGUGA